AUGUUUUUUAAUAGACAGCUUCCAGUCUUACUGCUCCUUGUUCAGCUUCUCAGAAGAAAUUCUUGCGAAAAAACAGAAGGAGAUUCAGACGAAACCCUGGAUGGCGCAUCCACUUUGGCGUUUGUUUUUGAUGUUACAGGGUCUAUGUAUGAUGACUUAGUUCAAGUGAUUGAAGGAGCCUCAAAGAUUUUAGAGACAUCUUUAAAUCGACCAAAGAAGCCGCUGUAUAAUUUCGCCCUGAUUCCAUUCCAUGAUCCAGAAAUUGGUCCAGUUACAAUCACUACAGAUCCGGACAAAUUUCAGCAUGAACUCAGAGAACUAUAUGUACAGGGUGGAGGUGACUGUCCAGAGAUGAGUGUUGGAGCUAUUAAAAUUGCUUUGGAAAUCUCUCUACCGGGAUCCUUUAUUUAUGUGUUUACUGAUGCAAGAUCCAAGGAUUACCAUCUUGCCAAUGAUGUUCUACAGCUGAUUCAGCAGAAGCAAUCACAGGUUGUGUUUGUGCUGACUGGUGACUGCGAUGACCGAGGUCACUUGGGAUACAAAGUUUAUGAGGAGAUUGCAUCCACAAGUUCAGGGCAAGUGUUCCACCUAGACAAGAAGCAAGUUAAUGAGGUUUUAAAAUGGGUGGAAGAAGCUGUCCAGGCAUCAAAAGUGCACCUGAUUUCUACAGAUCACUUAAAUGGGGCCUCAUACACCUGGGAAAUUCCAUUUGAUCCGAGUCUUAAAGAAGUAACAGUAUCACUCAGCGGACCGUCUCCAGACAUCGAGCUUUAUGAUCCAUUAGGAACACGGAUAACAAUAGGAAAUGGUGUUAAUGAAUUACUGAACAUAUUCAAUUCUGCCAAAGUUUUUAAUGUCAAGGAACCGGUGCCUGGAAUGUGGAAAAUUAAGACCUCAAGUAAUGGACGCCAUUCAGUGAGAAUCACAGGCGUCAGUACUAUUGACUUCCGAGCAGGGUUUUCCAACAAGCCUACAUUAGAUUUUGAGAAAACAUCUAGUAGACCUAUACAAGGGAUUCCUACAUAUGUUCUUUUAAAUACCACUGGGCUUAGUUACCCGGGAAGACUUGAUCGCCUUGAGUUGUUGACCAUUUCAGGAGACCUUCUACAGACUAUUCCAAUAAAGUAUUAUCCUGACCGGACACCUUACGAGAUAUGGAAUGUCACGGAAUUCAUGCCACCAAAUCAGCCAUUUUUCCUAAGAUUAACAGGCUAUGAUAAAGAUGACUACCUUUUCCAACGUGUGUCAAGUGUUUCAUUUUCUAAUAUUAUUCCAGGUCCUCCAAAGGUGUCAAUGCCAAAAGUAACCCCUGGGUAUUAUCUGCAGUCUGGUGAGAUUCCAUGCUAUGUGGAAAGUCUUCUACCAAUUACAGUACGUUUUAGUAAGAAUGGAUUCAGGCUUGGUAAAGAACAAAAAUUUAGAGAGUCGGUUCAUGUGAGCUGGGAAAUUGCUAACGUCUCCAUAUCUGAUGAAGGCUUUUAUGAAUGUUUUGCUAUUAGUAGCGCAGGAAGUGCACGUGUUCAGACCUUCUUGGAUGUAAACGAACCACCACCUGUGAUUAAAGCUCCUCACAAUGUCACUGCCACUAUCGGCAAAGAAGUAAUCUUGGCGUGUGAUAUCUUGAGCACAGUUCGUUACAACCUGACAUGGCAGAGAAACGACAUAAACAUAAAACAAGUAGAUCCUUCCAGGAUAAGUAUUAUGAAUAAUAAUUACCUGGAGAUCAAAGGUGUAGCUAUUAAUGAUGCUGGAGUAUAUAGCUGCCAUGCUUCAAAUGAAGGUGGAGAGUCAACAGCACCAAUUAUGCUCAUUGUCCAAGAUCCACCAAAAGUUGUCGUGGAGCCAAAAAAUAUAACUUUUAUGAAAGGAACAGAAAUUAAGCUGAAGUGCUCUGCAACAGGACACCCCACACCCCGUAUAGUGUGGACACACAAUGGCAUCUUUAUUAGAUUUUCCAGUAGGUAUAUUUUAACUCAAGAUGGGACCUUCAUAAUUAAAAAUUCCCUGGCAAAAGAUGCUGGACUGUAUUCCUGUUUAGCUACAAACAUAGCUGGAACAGAUAAACAGAUGUCAGAAGUUGUAUACAUUGAGGCUCCUCAAGUAACUGUUGUUAGAAAAGAUAUGUUGGUACCACUCGGAUCAGAAACUAUAAUGGAAUGCAAGGUCACAGGAGUUCCAAAUCCUCAUGUAUACUGGCUUAAAGGUGACGUUCAACUAAGUACAUCGCCGAUAGUUACCACUGACUCACUUAAUGGCAUUUUGAAAAUUAAAGAUACACAGUAUUCUGAUGCUGGAAAUUAUGUGUGUGUGGCCUUAAACAAUGCUGGAAAAGCAAGUGGAAAAAUCACACUUGAGGUUGGCUCUGCCCCUGUGUUUACAAAGACACCUAAUGAUGUUUCGUCGGAUAUCGGGUCGGAUGUGACUUUGUCCUGCUACGCAGAAGGCUACCCAGAACCGAGGAUAAAAUGGAGACGAUUAAACAACACAUCAGCAGCUCAGAAACCACUUGCAUAUAAAUCUAACACCAGGGACAGAACAGUGUCCCUCCAUAUUAGGAAUCUCUGGGUAGAUGAUGAAGACACGUAUAUUUGUGAAGCUGAGAAUCAGUUUGGGAAAAUUCAGACUCAAGCCACUGUGACAAUUACAGGACUUGUUGUCCCCGUAAUAGGAGAGAGUCCUGCUGUGGUCAGUGUUAUUGAAGGAAACCAAGUUACUUUGCCUUGCAUUCUCUUAGCUGGAAACCCUCUUCCGGAGAGGCAUUGGGUCAAGAACAAUAUUGUACUGGUGUCAAAUCCAUAUAUCAAUAUCCGUACAGAUGGGAGUCUUCACCUAGAAAGAGUUCUCCUGAAAGAUGGAGGAGAUUAUAUAUGUACAGCAACAAACGUAGCUGGCAGAAGUAGUAAAAUCACCACUCUUAAUGUCUAUGUUAACCCUGUCAUUGAGCACGGACCCCAGGUUUUCAGUACAAUUGAAGGAAAUGCAGUUUCUUUACCCUGCAAAGCAAGUGGAGUACCCAAACCAUCAAUAAUAUGGAAAAGGAAAUCAGAAAUAAUUGUUCCAACCAAUGACACAAUCCUAAUUGAAUCGGAUGGAAGUCUGUACCUAUCUUCACCAGGAGGAGAGAAUUCUGGUGAAUAUACCUGCAAUGCAGUCAAUGCUGCCGGCUACGCAGCCCGAAAAGUUCAGCUAACGGUUUAUGUAAAGCCAAGAAUCCUGAAUCAAGACGCAAUGUACCCCAAUGGGACCCAGAAACACCUUGUUGAAAUAUCAGUGAAAGCUGGAGAAGAUGUGGUACUACCGUGUGAGGUCAAAAGUACUCCACCGCCAUUUAUAACAUGGGCUAGAGAGACACAGCUAAUUUCACCAUAUUCCCAGAGGCACAACAUUCUUCCAUCAGGAUCGAUGAAAAUAUUUGACGCCAGAGUUUCAGAUGGAGGGAUGUAUACAUGUGUGGCUACAAACAUAGCGGGGAAUAUCACCCAAUUAGUAAAACUCAAUGUUUAUGUCCCUCCUAAAAUUCAACGGGGUCCUAAGGUCAUUCGAGUAAAAGUUAAUCAUCGCUUUGAUAUUACCUGCAUAAGCCAUGGAAUACCUUCUCCUAAAACCACAUGGAUGAAAGAUGGAAGGAUACUGGAGCCAACUCAAGAAUUGCAAGAUAAUAUAUUAAAAAUUGAAAGUGCAAGACUUUCAGAUGCAGGGAUCUACACUUGCAUAGCAAGUAACAUCAUUGGCCAGGACAAGGCAAAUGUUUCCGUUGAGAUUCAUGCACCCCCUGCAUUCUCUGAUCUAGAGCCACCUUAUGACAAUCCAUUUCAAGAGAGGGUUUCCAAACAGCAGAUAUCAUUCCCAUGCCCAGCAAAAGGUAAUCCCAAACCAAUUAUCAAAUGGUUACGUAAUAACAAGGAAUUAACUGGUGCAGAACCUGGGAUCAGUAUUGUUGAUGGCGGCAUGUUACUCAUCAUUGAUUCGUUGACACCAUAUGACAAUGGAGAAUACACAUGUGUGGCAAUCAAUGAAGCAGGCUUAACAGAAAGAAAAUAUAACUUAAAAGUUCAUGAUCCUCCCGCAAUCAAGGACACGGAAAAGAUGACAAACAUUUCUGUUUUACUAAAUCACCAUACACGUUUAUUUUGUGAAGUAUCAGGAAGUCCACAACCUCUCAUCACCUGGUACAAAGGAAACACACAGGUUUUUGAAAAUGAUGAUGUCCAGGUUUUAGAAAAUGGAAAAGUAUUGAAUUUUUUAAAAACAUCUGUAGAAGACAUUGGACUCUAUACAUGCAAAGCAACAAACAUCGCUGGGAACGUUGAAAAACAAUACUUUCUGGAUAUUCUCGAACCCCCCACGAUUAUGGAUAGCGGAUCACUUAAUGAAAUCUCUGUUAUUGCUGGGAGAAGUGCACAUCUUGUAUGUAAAGUGAAAGGGAUCCCAUUCCCUACUAUACAGUGGUUCAAGGAGAAUAGACCCUUUUCUGCAGGGGAUCCUAACGUGAACAUUUUGGAAAAUGGACAAGUCCUUCAUAUAAAGAAUUCUCGCCUGAGUGACGGUGGAAUUUACAAAUGCAUAGCCAGCAAUGCGGCUGGGUCACAAAUCAAAGAAAUUACAUUAACGGUCAACAUUCCACCCAGCAUAAAGGAUGGGAACAGUACAACAGAGCUAUCAUUUACUGUGGAAAGCGAAAUCAACUUGGAAUGUGAUGCCAGGGGAAUCCCAUCUCCUACAAUCGCGUGGAGCAAAGACAACCAAAUACUUCAGCCUAGCAUAUAUGUCCACUAUAUCGACCAAGGAAAAUACCUACGUAUCCCGGAGUCUCAAAUCACAUCUUCCGGCAAAUACGUAUGCCACGCAAGUAACCUGGCAGGACAGGCAGACAAGACCUACCUUGUUGAUAUUUAUGUUCCCGCAUCAAUUAUUGGAGAUCUAGGCCAGACCCACAAUAAAAAGGUAAUUGUUGGUAAAUCACUUCUACUUGACUGCGAAGCCAUUGGACGUCCCCAACCCCUGUUAACAUGGUUGAAAGAUGGAGUGCCUGUGGAAACAAAUGACAAUAUUCAACUUCUCUAUAAUGGGAAAAAACUGGAGAUAAAGAAUGCGAUGGAGUCUGAUCAUGGACAGUACUCUUGUGUGGCAACCAACUUAGCAGGAGAAAGUGAAAUCAAUUAUGGGGUUACCAUCUUAGUUCCACCAUCAGUAGAAGGUGGAAAUGAUCCUGAAGACCACACUGUCAUUGCCAACAGCCCUGUGGAACUGGAGUGCAAUGCCCAAGGGACGCCUCUCCCAGCUGUAAUGUGGCUGAAAAAUGGCAUUCCCGUUGAGACAAAGGAUGGCCUUAGAAUCCACUCAAGUGGACAAAAACUGAUCAUACCAAGUGCAGAAUUAACAGAUCAAGGAAAUUACCAAUGUGUUGUCACCAAUGAAGCAGGGAUCAGUAGAAAACUAUUUGUCGUUAAUAUUCAUGUCCGUCCCUCCAUCAAACCCGUGUCCUCCCAGAUUUCUGUACUAAUGCAUAAGUCAGUGACUUUGCAGUGCACAGUGAGUGGAAUCCCCAUCCCCUUCGUUACAUGGUUGAAGGAUGGACUCCCUUUCAACUCAGCCAAACCAAACAUUAAAAUGGAAUCCCUUGGUCCUGCUCAUGUUUUGAAAUUUGAAAAAACGUUGUUAGACGAUGCUGGAAAAUAUACCUGCGUGGCAACUAAUGCAGCUGGAGAAACAGAGCAAAGCUUUUGGCUUAAUGUUUAUGAGCCACCAACAAUAGAGAAUUCUGGAGAUAUCCUUCAUGAGAUCGUUCUUGGAGAACACUCUGUGACACUUGAAUGCAAAGCAUCUGGCAAUCCUGCACCUGCUAUAACAUGGUUCAAAGAUAAUGUGCCGAUUACAACCACUGGAGAAGUUGCCCUUUUAGACAGACAACAAAUCCUCCAAAUUACCAAUGCCCAGAUAUUUGAUGCCGGCGUUUAUAAAUGCGUUGCUUCAAGCAUAGCUGGAGUAGCUGAACUCACUUACUCACUGGAGGUUCAUGUACCACCAUCCAUAUCCGGGAAAAGUGGUGAUGUGUCUGUGAUAGUCAAUAAUCUUGUAAGAUUGGAAUGUGAAGCUUCAGGAUUCCCUGCACCUAGUUUAACAUGGUUAAAAGAUGGGAGCCCAGUGUCUAGUUUCACUGAUGGAAUUCAGAUACUUUCAGGAGGUAGAGUUCUUGAAUUAACAAAUGCACGGAUAGGAGAUACAGGAAAAUACACAUGUGUAGCAGUAAAUGCUGCUGGAGAACAGCUGAAGGACUUUGAUCUAUCUGUCUAUGUUCCACCAAACAUCAUGGGCGAGGAACAAAACUUGUCAGCAUUAAUAAGUGAAACACUUGUGCUAAGAUGCCAAAGUAAUGCAAUCCCCCCUCCUGUGCUCACUUGGUUCAAAGACUGGAAACCAUUGGUAACAAGACCAGGUCUUAGUAUUUCUGAAGAUGGAAGUAUUUUAAAGAUUGAUGCAGUCCAGGUGAGAGAUAUCGGUCGAUAUUCUUGUGAAGCUGUUAACAUAGCUGGAAAAACAGAAAAGAACUACAAUGUGAAUAUUAUGGUUCCACCUACUAUACAAGGAUCUGAUGAGGAAUCGGAAAUUACAGUCAUUGAAGGAACCCUUAUCAGCCUCCUAUGUGACUCCAGUGGUAUUCCACCUCCAUCACUUACCUGGAAGAAGAAUGAUAUCCCAUUAAUAGACAAAGCUUCCAACCGGGUCCGAUUGCUAUCUGGAGGUAGACAACUUCAAAUUACGGAAGCUAAAAAAUCAGACACUGCCUUAUACAUAUGUGCAGCAUCUAAUACAGCAGGCAGUGUAAUAAAGAAAUACAAUGUCAAAGUGUAUGUUCGUCCGAGGAUAUCUGAGCGUGGAACCUUUCCUACUGAAGUUGUGGUCAUUCAAGGAAACAACCUCACUCUGGAGUGCGAUUCCAGUGGAGACCCACAGCCCUUGCUGACUUGGUUGAAAGAAGGUGUUCCUUUAACUAACACAGAUGGAGUCCAAAUUCUGAACACAGGGAGGAUUUUACAGCUGGAAAAUGUUCAAGUGAUGAAUGCUGGUCAAUAUAUGUGUGUAGCGAUAAAUGUGGCUGGACAAUCUGAUAGAAAGUAUGACUUAAAGGUCUUUGUGCCUCCAAGAUUUCCAGAACAUUUUAAAAAGCAAGAAAAUAUAAGUAUUGUGGAAAGAAAUCCUGUUACCUUGACUUGUGAAGUCUCUGGAAUCCCACCACCAAAAGUGACAUGGCUAAAGGAUGGACAACCUAUCAGCCAUGAUAGCUCUAUCUUAAUCAUGUCAGGUGGUAUGGUUCUUCGCUUUUCACACACUACUGUUUCCAAUGCUGGCAGAUACACCUGUGUCGUGUCCAACGCCGUUGGGGAAGAGAAGAAAGACUUUGACCUUAAUGUUCUAGUGCCUCCAAGACUAUUAGACAAAGUUCAGGGAGAUGUUAAAGUUAAAGAAAGAGGACAGAUUACAUUGUCAUGUGAAGCUACAGGGACUCCGGCACCACAGAUAUUGUGGCUAAAAGAUGGACAACCUAUUCAGGAGGACAUUCAUCAUAAAAUUGCACAUGGGGGACAGCAUCUUCAAAUCGUCAAUGCCAUGUUUACAGACACUGGAAGAUAUACAUGUGUUGCUACUAAUUUAGCAGGACACAAGAGUAGGAGCUUUAGCCUAAGUGUUUUGGUGCCUCCUACAAUCACUGGUGCUCGUGAGGAUGGAAGGCCUGAAAAUGUGUCGGUGAUUCUACAUAGUUCUGUGUCUCUAACCUGUGAAGUUCACUCACAUCCUGCGGCUACUAUCACUUGGCUUAAGGAUGGACAAUCAGUUAAAUUACAUGAAAACAUAAGAAUUUUACCAGGUGGCCGAACCCUACAGAUACUAAGAGCUCAGGAAGACCAUACCGGCAGAUAUAGCUGUGUUGCCACUAAUGAAGCGGGAAAUGCUGUAAAUAACUAUGAUCUGCAAGUUUACAUGCCCCCUCAGAUUGCAAAAGGGGAUCUUGUGGGAACUGGAGUGUUUUCCAAGGAAGUGAAAGCCAGAGAGAACACAAGCUUUACCCUCGUGUGUGAAGUCAAAGCACUUCCUUCAGCCACUCUGAAGUGGUAUAAAGAGGGACAGCCUCUCAGCCAAGAUUACCAUCUGACAAUAAUAAGGGAAAAUACCCUCCAUGUGGAGCAAUCACAGUUGACUGAUACCGGCCGAUAUACAUGUGUGGCAUCAAAUCUUGCUGGAGAAGAUGAGAUGGAUUUUGAUGUUACGAUACAAGUUCCGCCAAACUUCCCAAAGCUCUCUGGCCUCUGGGCGAGCAAAGACAGCAGCAUCAUGAACAGAAAUGGUGAAAACAAGGAAGUGAUAAUGAACAAUCCAUUAUCUCUGUACUGUGAAACCAAUGCUGUUCCCCCUCCAACAAUCACAUGGUACAAAGAUGGAACCCCUCUGACCUCCAAUGACAAGGCCUUCAUAUUACCAGGAGGACACACACUACAGAUUGCAAGAGCACUGGAAGCCGAUGCUGGGACAUAUACGUGUGUUGCUGCAAACGAGGCAGGAGAAGAUUCAAUGCAUUAUAAUGUCAUUGUACUUUUGCCACCAAAAUUUGAAGGAGGUGAAAAUCUGCUGGAAGAUUUGACUUUUCUGGUAAAUGAGACAGUAAUUUUGAACUGCUCAGUAAAUGGUUAUCCUGUUCCAACAAUAUCCUGGCAGAAAGAUGGACAUCACAUUAAAGCAGGGGAACAGUAUCAGCUUUUACAUGAUGGAAGAUCUUUGCAGAUUGUGAAUGCUCAGUUAAUGGAUACCGGCCGGUAUGUGUGCAUUGUUGAAAAUGUGGCAGGGAGUGUGCAGAAAUCCUUUAACUUAAAUAUUUAUGUGCCUCCCAACAUUAUUGGCAGCCAUUUUGAGAAUGUCACUGUUGUGGAAAAUAACUUCAUCUCGUUGACAUGUGAAGUGACUGGAUUCCCACCGCCUGCAAUCAGAUGGGUAAAGGAUGGUAAUGUCCUCCGCCAUAACAGCCACCUAGUUAUUGUGCCAGGAGGAAGAAUACUGCAGAUACCAAAAACUAAAUUAACUGAUGCUGGAGAGUAUGCAUGUGUUGCCAUCAAUGAAGCCGGAGAACACAAGAGAAAUAUUUUCCUAAAUGUUUAUGUGCCCCCUAGCAUCAUGGGUAAUAGCAAAGACGCCUCCAUAGAAAUAAACAUAGGAGUAAAUGGAUCUUUAAUGCUGGACUGUGAAUCUGAUGCCUACCCGCCUCCCCUCAUCGAAUGGUACAAGAAUGGUCAUGCGAUUACAGAAUCAGUCAAUCAUAAGGUCAUGGAAGGAGGGAAGAGAUUGAAUAUUAAACAUGCCCAGGUAUCUGAUACUGGGGAAUAUGAAUGCGUUGCGACUAAUGUUGUAGGGCAGGAUAAUAAGAAGUUUUUUCUGAGUGUUUAUGUGCCACCAAGCAUACAAGGUCCACCGGAGGAAUAUCAUAAUGGGACAGUGCAACAUUAUGUUACAUUUUCAUGUGAUGCUUAUGGAAUCCCCACACCUACAAUAAAAUGGUUAAAGGAUGGAAAUCAGAUCAGACACUCCGAUUCUUUGGACGUUCAGUUUCUUUCCGGUGGGAGCAAAAUGAAAAUGGCCAGAAUUCAGAUUUCAGAUAGUGGAACGUACACCUGUUUUGCAUCAAAUGUAGAAGGAACAGCUCACAAGAACUUUGUUUUAACAGUUCAAGUUCCUCCUAGCAUUAUUGGUUCUGGAAUGUCAGAGGAGGUCAGUGUUUUACCCGGAGAAGAUGUGCAGCUGGUAUGCAAAGCUCAUGGAAUUCCUGCGCCUGUAGUUCAAUGGAUGAAGGAUGGCAAACACAUUAAUAACAUUGACCUCAACGGUAUUAGUGUAACCUCAAAUGGACAGACCCUGACCAUUUCCAAUGUCAAAACAAGAGAUAUGGGGAAAUACACAUGUGUAGCUACUAACUCAGCAGGAGAAGAUGACAGAAUAUUCAACGUAAAUGUUUAUGUUGCCCCCAGGAUUGCUGAGAAUGAAGGGAAUGCAGUGCAGAUGACAGCUGUUUUAGACACUUCAAUAAAUAUUGAAUGUUUUGCAACUGGGACCCCGUCACCACAAAUCAAUUGGCUAAAAAAUGGUCUUCCUCUUCCCGUAUCAUCGCAUGUUAGGCUCCUAUCUGCUGGACAAGUGUUAAGAAUUUCAAGGGUGCAGAAAUCAGAUGUGGGAACCUACACGUGUGUUGCCUCAAACAGAGCUGGUGUAGACGAAAAAGAUUACAACUUACAAGUCUAUGUACCACCCAGCAUGGCUGACUCUGAGAUAACUCAUCAGCUGACGGUGGUAAAAGGAAAUUCGGCCACCAUGACAUGUGUUGCCGAUGGAUUGCCCAAACCUAAUAUAUCAUGGCUGAAAGAUGGAAAACUUUUGAAUUCUGAGUAUGUUUCGAGUCUUGAAAUUAAAGGAACACUACUUCGGUUAUUAAAUGCUGAAAUGGAUGACAUUGGUAGAUACACUUGCAUUGCUUCCAAUGAGGCAGGGAGUGUCAGUAAGCAUUUUAAUCUAAAUGUUAUUGAACCUCCACACAUUAAUGGAUCUGAGAAUACGGAAGAAUUAUCAGUGGUUUUAAAUAACCAAUUAGACCUCAUUUGUUAUACAACUGGUUUCCCACCUCCCACAAUAACAUGGCUGAAGGAUGGAGAGAUACUUUCUCAGAUUGAAAAUGUGCGUUUACUGAAAGGAGGCCAGAUACUUCGAAUAGCAAGUGCACAGGAGGAGAACAUAGGUCGGUAUGUGUGUUUGGCUUCAAACAGCGCAGGAGACAACAAAAAGGAAUUUUCAGUAGAUGUUCAUAUGCCACCUAACAUUGCUGGUAUCAAUGGGAUUCAUAAUAUUACAUCUAUAUUUAACAAACAAAUUAUGCUGGAAUGCAAAUCAGAUGCUCUACCGCCACCUAAGAUCACAUGGCUGAAAGAUGACAAUCCACUGCUGCCCAACUCCAGAGUGCAUGUUUUAUCUAAUGGGCGAUACCUGCAAAUUGACAGAGCAGAGGUGUCAGACACUGCAAGAUACACCUGUGUUGCAAGCAACAUUGUGGGAAAAACUACAAGAGAAUUUAUGCUGAACGUUUAUGUUCCACCUACAAUAAAUGAAGGUCCUCAUUUAGUGACUACAUUUGUCAACAAGCCUGCUUUUCUUGAGUGCACAACCACUGGCGUACCUUCCCCAAAGAUAGCUUGGAGAAAGGAUGGGUCUAUUCUACAGGGUAACAGUGACAGAUAUUUCAUAAUGGAAUCUGGUACACUAAACAUUCCAUCGGCAAGUGCCACAGACUCUGGACAAUAUUUUUGCUUGGCCACUAAUGCAGCUGGGUCAAGCCAACGUCAAAUUGAUCUUCUUGUCUAUGCUCCACCGUUAAUACUUUCUGGGUCAGCAAAUGUUACUGUGAUGGUAAAUAUCCAGGUAACACUCCCAUGUGAAGUCUCGGGCAUACCUAAACCAAAAGUAGAAUGGAUGAAGAACGCUCUCCCAAUUAAUACUCAUCUUAACCAAAAUAUGUACAGACUUUUAUCUUCAGGAUCACUUGUAAUUAUCUCACCAAAUGUAGAAGAUGGUGGGGUAUAUACAUGUUCAGCUUCCAAUGAUGCUGGUAAAGAUGAAAUAGAAGUGCAUCUUUCUGUGCAAGUGCCACCCUCCAUUGCCGAUGAAGUUACCAAUAUCUUUGUGACUAAAUUAUUUCCUGCACUAAUACCGUGCACUGCGUCCGGGGUGCCAUACCCAUCAAUUCACUGGUUGAAAGAUGGAGUCCAUCUUCCUACCGAAGAAGCUACAUACAGGAUACUUUCCUCAGGGAGUCUUGAAAUACCAAGCACUGAGCAAGCUCACGCAGGACGCUACACGUGCAAAGCUAUAAAUGAGGUUGGCUCGGCACAAAUUCACAUCGAUCUUCAUGUCCAAGAGGCUCCUGUCAUUCGGGGACAAUCUGACUAUUUAGAAGUCAUCUUCGGCAGUCCUGCUACCCUAUCAUGCGAUACUUCUGGAAUACCUGCACCAUCUAUAACAUGGCAAAAAGAAGGCAUCAGUAUCAAAACAGGAAGUGGCUACUCCAUCCGUUCCAAUGGUGGUCUAUUUAUUGAGAAAGCAACUCAAGAGGAUGCAGGUAGCUAUACAUGUAUUGCACAAAAUCCAGCGGGUACCACACUGGGGAAGAUCAAGCUGAAAGUUCAUGUUCCACCUGAAAUUAAACCUCAUCAACAAGAAUAUGUGAUUCCUGUGGACAAAUCAGUCACAAUGUUUUGUGAAGCAACUGGAAACCCAGCACCUGAAAUUUCUUGGUACAAAAACGGAGAUCCGCUUGCCAAGACAGCUGGACAAAGGAUUAUCGGCACUGGAGCCUUACAGAUUGCGUUUGCUCAGCCUGAUGAUGCCGGACAGUAUACCUGUACCGCUAAAAACAUUGCAGGAGCCGUUACUUCUAGUAUUAACCUCACGGUUUUAGUGCCACCUCGGAUUCUAAAAAAUAAUAAAGAAUUUUCGGGGGUGAUCGGCUCCCAAGUUGCCCUGCCUUGUACAGCAUAUGGAAUCCCCAGCCCAGAAAUAACCUGGAUGAAGAAUGGCAUUAUGAUAACAAAGAAGAAUUUGAAGUACACUUUAUCAUCAUCAGGACAACUUAUUUUGCAUAAAGCUGAGUAUGCUGAUGUGGGUGAUUACACAUGCACUGCUCACAAUGUAGCUGGAGAAGAUUCUCAUAUAGUCAGCCUACAGAUACACUUUGGUCCAUAUUUUACUGACAUUCCAACAAAUGUGUCUUUAAAUGAAGGAGAUCAGCUCAGGCUAUCUUGCAAAACAGCUGGCAACCCCAUUCCCCACAUAACAUGGACCUUUAAAGACAAAGUCCUGUCUGCUGAAGCUGGACAGUCUGCUCAGCAACGGGACCUUGUGAUUGAAAGAGUUUUGAAGGAAGAUGCCGGGGCUUACUCCUGUAGGGCGGAAAACUCAGUAGCAUCAACAAACACUACAAUAUAUGUGUUUGUCAAAGAACCACCUGUACUUACUGGGGUACAUCAUACUAAUCAGACUGUACCUUUGGGUGGCACUAUUAUUCUGAAUUGUGUAGUUAAAGGAAACCCUACACCCAGAAUUCAAUGGAUGAAGAAAGGAAAGGGCACUUUAUUAAGCAGAAGAAUUAAGCAAUUCAAUAAUGGCUCACUUGUAAUUCACAACACUGUGACUGAAGAUGCUGGUGACUAUUCAUGCAUUGCCACAAAUGAUGCUGGAGUAAUGGAGCACACAAUGAGACUGACAAUACAGAGGCCACCAGUUAUAACAGUUAAUCCGGUGGAUACUACGGUGGAUGCUGGUGCCACUGUAGUGCUCAACUGUCAUGCAGAAGGAGAACCAGCUCCCAGUAUUUCCUGGUCGCGUCAAUCCCAUCCUAUUGCCAGCUAUCAUCGAUUUACUAUUCUCUCAAACAGUUCGUUACAAAUCCUUGCUGCUCGGAAAGAAGACACUUCAGUGUAUGAAUGCAAAGCUGCAAAUAUCAUGGGAUCCACUGCUGUCAAGGCAGUUUUUACCGUCAGAGUACACGGUGGGUUUUCUGGGUGGCUUCCUUGGCAAACUUGCACUGUGAGUUGUGGUAAUGGAGUUCAGAGAAGGACAAGACUUUGCAAUAAUCCGGUUCCAGCAAAUGGUGGGCUUUACUGCCAAGGGGCAGAGACAGAGGAAAGAAACUGUCAGAAUAAACCAUGUCCAGUGGAUGGAAAUUGGUCAGCCUGGAGCUCAUGGGAAGAUUGUUCAAAAUCAUGUGGAACUGGCAAAAAGACUAGGACAAGAGUGUGUGACAAUCCCUCACCUCAAGAAGGAGGAAAGGCUUGUGAGGGAGACGCUGUAGAUGAGGCGGUUUGUAAUAUAGAGCCAUGUCCAGUUCAUGGCUUGUGGAGUUCCUGGUUACCCUGGGGCCCAUGCAGUAAGACAUGUGGGCAAGGUACUCAGACCCGAGUAAGGCUGUGUAAUAAUCCUCCCCCAUCUUUUGAUGGGUUAUAUUGUGAAGGACAAGAUACCCAGAUGCAAGUAUGCAGUGAUCAGAACUGCCCAGUUGAUGGAAAAUGGUCAAUAUGGAGCAGCUGGACACCCUGUAGUUUGUCCUGUGGUGGAGGCCUUCGCCAAAGAACUCGAGAAUGUUCAAAUCCAGCUCCACAGAAUGGAGGCCACAGUUGUGAAGGCAAUGCACUUGAACAUGAGCUCUGCAAUGCUGAUCUGUGCCCAGUUCAUGGGAACUGGGGAUCAUGGAGUCCAUGGGGACCCUGUAGUCGUACAUGUAAUGGCGGCCAGAUGAGAAGAUAUCGUGCAUGUGACAACCCAGCACCUUCACACAGUGGAAGAGCCUGUACAGGACCUGACACAGAAAUAAACAAAUGUAACACAGACGUGUGUCCUGUUGAUGGGCAUUGGGGUUCCUGGGAGGCUUGGAGCAAAUGUUCGGCUUCUUGCGGUGGUGGUGAACAGAUUCGGAAACGUCUGUGUAAUCAUCCUGUCCAGUCUCAAACUCGUAGGCCCUGCCCUGGGGAUUCCAUGCAAUUAUUGAGGUGCAACAUUCAUUCAUGUCCAGGAGGACCACAGCAUGUUAGAGGAAAUGUGUUGGGAAACAUCAAUGGUGUUGAAUUUGGAAUUGCAUUCCUUAAUGGAACAAUUACUGAUUCUGCUGAUUCAGCAACUAGAAUUAUUACAGCAAAACUUACCAACAUCCCUAAAAGUCUGGGUCCUUCGAUGAGAAAUCUUGUAUCCAUUUUAAAUCCUAUUUAUUGGACCGUAGCGAAAGAGAUAGGGGAAGCGGUAAACGGAUAUACUCUGACGGAUGGUGUAUUUAAAAGAGAAUCCCAAGUAGAGUUUGCAACAGGAGAAAUCUUGAGGAUCUCUCACACUGCUCAUGGGGUUGACUCAGAUGGAUCCCUCAUCCUGGAUACUGUAGUGAAAGGCUAUGUUCUGCAGCUGCAGUCUUCUGUUGAUGUCAGUUUAAAGGAUUACACAGAAGAGUAUGUUCAGACGGGCUUUGGGCAACUCUAUGCCUACUCAACAAGGAUGUUUUCCUUGGACGGACUCACUGUCCCAUAUACCUGGAACCACACAAUCAAUUAUAAUGAAAACCAAGGGAAAAUGCCUUUUAUGGUAGAGACAUUGCAUCUAUCAUCUAUUGAAGCAGAUUAUGAUCAAGUCGAGGAAUCUCUUAGUUUCCAGAUUCACGCUUCUAUCUCUAAAGGUGACCUGAGUAACCGAUGUCCUUCAGGAUUUAGUCUCGAUGCCUCUGGAUUAUUCUGUGCUGAUGACAAUGAAUGCGCCAUUCACAACCUGUGCUCUCAUUCAUGCCAUAAUAUUAUGGGGAGUUACUACUGCUCGUGUCCAAAAGGUCUUAUCAUAUCAGUGGAUGGAAGAACAUGUGAUGAUGUAGACGAAUGCGCAUCAGAGGAUUUUCCAUGCCGUAAAAAUCAGGAGUGUACAAAUACCAUUGGUUCUUACAUUUGCACAGUGAAAUGCGGAGUAGGAUUCAGACCUUCCUAUAAUGGCUUGAGUUGUCAAGAUAUCAAUGAGUGCCAGGAAUCCAACCCUUGCCAUCAGCGCUGCUUUAACAAUAUUGGAAGUUAUCACUGUGGUUGUGACCCAGGUUAUCAAUUGAAAGGCAAACGAUGCUUUGAUCUGAAUGAAUGUCGUCAGAAUGUGUGUCGACGAGAUCAAUUAUGCAAAAACACACGUGGUAGCUAUAAGUGCAUUGAUCUUUGCCCUAGUGGAUUCACAAAAGCAGAAAAUGGAUCAUGUGUUGAUAUCAAUGAAUGCAGAGAGCAUGCACAUCAGUGUAUAAGUAACCAGAUCUGUGAGAAUACGCUUGGAGCUUAUCAUUGUGUCUGUCCCAGGGGAUUCAAGUCAGAAGGUGGUGGAAAACCUUGUAUAGAUAUCAACGAGUGUGAAAAGCAAGAUGUAUGUCAGCAUGAAUGUAAAAAUAUUCUGGGCACUUAUCAGUGUGCGUGUCCACCGGGUUAUCAGCUCAUGGCCAAUGGAAAAACAUGUCAAGAUAUCGAUGAAUGCCUUGAGCAAAACAUUCAGUGCGGUGUGAAUCGAAUGUGCUUCAACAUGAGAGGAAGUUACCAAUGCAUUGACACUCCAUGCCCACCAAACUAUCUGAGAGACGCUGUUUCUGGGUACUGUUUGAAGAAUUGCGCAGCUAAUGAUUUGGAGUGUGCUCUGAGUCCCUAUGCUUUACAGUAUAAGCUUGUCUCUCUCCCAUUUGGGAUUCCUGCAAAUCAAGACUUAAUCCGAUUGGUUGCAUACACCCAAGAUGGCAUCUUACACCCUAGGACAACAUUUCUAAUAAUCGAUGAAGAUCCUUUACUGCCAUUUUCUAUCCGCGAGGAAAAUAUGAAAGGAGUCGUCUUUACUAUCAGGCCUCUUACAAAGCAUGAAACCUAUAGAAUGAAAGUGAAGGCUUCAUCAUACAGUAUUGAUAGGACCAUUGAAUAUCAGACUGCUUUUAUUGUUUAUAUCUCUGUAUCUCCAUACCCUUACUAAAUUGUGUACACCAUCCAGUAUUUUUAAUGCUAUGCUCCGACUAAUUUAAUGCUUUUGAAAGAUUCUGUUGUAGAUUUUUUUUACUACGUAUGAAAAUAUUAUACACAGCCACAAAAGUUCAAAUGUAAAAAUUUCCAAAAUGAAAUCUGAUAUUUUAUAAACAUUUGAGUACUCAUAAAAUAAAAUGUCAAUUUUUAUUUUGCACAUUUUCUUAAUAAAAUUGGUAUAGUGUUUUAUAA